UUGUAGUUCAAAGUUCAAAGGCCUAUGUUUUGCUUUCAUUGGCAUUUGGCAUAAAGGCCUUUGCCCCCUAGCUACCUCGAUCGUCUCCCAUGCCAUGCUUGCCUUCUCGCCUCGGAUCCUGACCUGAAGCCUACAGCCCUAGCUACGUGCAUGUGCACACUGCAACGAGAGGAGAUAGCUAGCUAGAUGGGGACGACGACGUCGUACAAGUGCUGCUGCUUUCACUGUUGGGACGGCGCGUCGCCGCCGCCCAAGGCCCCGCCACCGCCCAAGGACGUUGGCGCCCUCUUCUCCCUCUACGCCGGCGGAGGCCCCGGCGGCGCUCCUCAUCACAUGGAUGAAGAUGGCCUCCGCCGGUACCUCAGCGUCUACCAAGGCGAAGGCACCAACGUCGAACACCUGCUUGAGCAGAUCCGCCGGCAGCAGCUCUUCACCCUCGACGACUUCCACCGCAUCGUCGUCUUCUCCGACGAGCUCAACCCGCCCAUCCGGCACCAACACCGUGUCCACCACGACAUGACGCUGCCUCUCUCCCAUUACUUCAUCUACUCGGGACACAACCCCUACUAUCACGCAUGGCGGCCGGACCAACGGCGGCGCCGCAGCAGCAGCGGCCGCAGUGACGGAUCCAUCAUCAGAGAGCUCAAGAUGGGGGUACGAGCCAUCGAGGUCGCCAUGUGGCCCUAUUCGAAAGGGGAUGACAUCCAAAUCCACCACGGCUGGAACACCCCAGUUUUACUGACUCAGUGCUUGAAAUCCAUCAAGAAAUACGCCUUUUUGGCGUCUCCCUAUCCUGUUAUCAUAAGGCUUGAAGACAACCUUCAAUCGACUAACCUCCAAAAAAAAGCUGCCAAGGUUGUGCUUGAUGUACUUGGCGACAUACUGUACUGGCCUUAUACCGAUCAUAUUGACAUCGAAAUAAUGCACAUACUGCAGUGGCCUUUUAUCGAUUAUUUUGAUUUACAUGUCAACACUGACAGUAACAAGCCCCUCAAAAAUUUCCCAUCACCUGAAGAGCUCAAGGGUCGUGUACUCCUCUCAACAAAAACCCCCACCCCUAUCCUCAAAAAGGAAAAAUCCAAGCCCAACGAGGUUGAUGAAUCAAUGGUUGAUGACACCAUUGAAAAGGGCGAUGCUCAACUUCAACGUGGCAAAGGAGCUGACGACGAUGAUGCAGCAUGGGGGCCAGAAGUACCGGAUUUUCAGACUGAAAUCCAGUCUGCUAAAAAGCAUGACAGUGAUGUCUCGACACGCCAAAGACAACGCCAACGUAUCGACGACAAUGCUGAUGACGAUCAGAAAGAACAGAAAAUGCAGCCACAAGAAUAUCCACUGUAUCGCCACCUGAUUACAAUUCGAGCAGAGAAGCAGAAAGGUUCUCUUGCUGAUGCCUUGCAGAAACAACCGGAUGCAGUUUGGCCUAGUCUCAGCGCUAAGAAAGAAGCAAUUGAGAAAGCGGCACUUAAUGAUGCCUUGCAGAGUGAUCCGGACAAAGUUAGGCGUCUCAGUUGGAGUGAAAAACAAAUUCAGAAAGCAGCAGAGGAUCUUGGCACCACAAUAGUGAGGUUCACACAGAGAAAUAUACUGUGGAUAAACCCAAGUUUCUCCACCAAGGGCUACCGAAGGCCCACUCACCUUUCAUCCAAUUACAACCCAUUUCUUGGCUGGCUGCAUGGUGCUCAAAUGGUGGCCCUGAAUAUGGAGGAAUACGGAAGAGCCCUUUGGCUAAUGCAUGGAUUUUACAGAGCCAAUGGUGGUUGUGGCUAUGUGAGGAAACCAGACUUCCUAAUGGUAACAGAGCCCGAAGUUUUUGAUCCAAGAGCAAGCUAUGAUGUGUUUACAACCUUGAAGGUAAAAGUAUACAUGGGCGAUGGUUGGCGGAUGGACUUUAAGCACACACAAGCUCCAGAUUUUUGGACAUCGAUUGGGAUAACUGGAGUGCCAAAAGACACUACGACGAUGAAGAAUAGCAAGGCCACAGAGAAUACAUGGAUUCCCGUGUGGGGGCAUGAAUUCAGCUUCCCUUUGACAGUCCCCGAGAUUGCUUUGCUUCGGGUGGAGGUGCACCAGUACAACGUGUCUGAGAAAGACGUCUUUGGUGGGCAGACCGUGUUGCCGGUAUGGGAGCUGCGACCGGGCAUCCGAGCAGUAGCGCUCUUCGACCGGCAGGGGAACAGAUUCACGAACAACGUUAAGCUCCUGAUGCGUUUCGAGUUUGUUUGAUUUGAGAAAUGGUGUGUGCUAUGCACUACUGUAACAUACUGUUGGAGUGUUGGGAUUGAUCGAUCCUAGUUGACCACUCAUUGCAUUGGUGCCUAUUGGAUGUACGACCAAGAUGGUGUACAUAUAUAUGGUGCAUAAGACUUCUAGAGAUUCCUUUGAAUUGACUCAUUUGAUGUAUGUAGUGUGGAUUGGAUUCUAUAUACUACACUAUUAUU